AUGUCGAUAAAUAAUGGUUUCCCGAAUAAAAAUUUGAUAAAUUGCAGUUGUGACAUUGUACCAAUAUCAUUGGACUUGAAAGUUCAAACCUCAACUAAAGAAUUUAAACAUUUUGAUAUAGCAAACGGAGGAGGAGAGUACAUAUGUAAUGAAAAUUAUGGUUUUGAUACAAUAUUUGACACAACUGAUGGAGACGAUCUAAUAGAAGUGAUUUAUAAGGCAGAAAGCCCUAGUGAAUACGUAACAAAAGUAACGAGAAAUAGUUUGGGGCUUGAAACAAACUCAAUUUCAUUAUUUGUCAUGAACAAUGAUAUCAAAGUCUUAACUAACAUUAAAGGAAUUUGGGUUGAAACGAACAAAUUAACACUCGAUAUCUCAAAUAAAGAAAGUAGUGAAGAGAACAUGUAUAGUGAAACUAAUACAAGCUGGUGUAAAGUACCAGAUAACCAAAAUAACAAACAGAAGUGGAUCAAAAGAGCAUUUAAAAACUAUAGUCACACCCAGAAUUAUUUAUUUAACAAAAUCAUUGACUCAAUUGAUAGAAACGGUAAAGAAAAGGUUAUUUGGGAGGCUAAAGAACCAUUAGAAUUAGCCUUGUAUGUGUCAGUGUGUUUUUAUAAUAGCGGACAAAAGUAUGUUGGAAUAAUCCAUAAAAACUAUAAUUAUUCAUUACUAAAAUACACAAAUGACAGUAAGGAAUGGGUAAACAUUACUGAAUCAAGGAUAGAUUUGUCAAAAUUAAAAUUUUAUUUCAGUGAUGAAAAUGAUCCAAAGCACAUACAAGAUCAUGAAUUCAACUAUUUCCUUAGCUUCUUUCGUAUGAAUUAUAAGGUUCAAUUUGACUUUCCAGAAAGCAAUUACGAUAAUUCACUUGCUAAUAAACUCGCCAAAACUUUUCAAUAUAACCUAAUAGAUGAUAUUAUGUUUAUCACGUUUGAUGACCAUAAACCCUUCCCAAUUGAUCCAGUUAAUAACAAUAUUAAAAUCUUUGACGUUAAUCAUUACAAAUCAAUAAAACGCAAACUUCCACAAUCUGAUGCAUAUUCUACUGACAAUCCUGAUUGUACAGACCAUUCAUAUUUUGCCGAUGAUGAGAACAGUUGUGAUAGUGAAUCGCUAAUUUAUAGUGAUAGCGAAGAUAGAUAUGAUAGUGAUGCUACCGAUAAUACUGUUAUUGAGGUUAGUUCAAGUGAUGAAAGUGAAAACGAAAGUCAGUUUAAAGUUCCAGUAAUGCUAAAUAUUAAUAAUAAAAAUCAUCCUUCUGAAUAUCAUUUUAACAAAUGUGAACAACUAACAAAUUUUGUAUGUAACUCCCCUAAUUAUAGGUUUUCUAAAAUCAUAGAUUUCGAAGACAGAGAGAGCUCCAAAACAGUAAUUUGGUCAGGAAAUGACCCCAACAACUGUAUUUUUAAUGUAUUUCUUCUGGAUAUGGGUAGUGGUAAAUAUCUCAUGUUACAUUCACAAAUUUAUAAACACUUCUUAUACAAAUGGUCGUCUGAAACUAAAAGUUGGACCGAUGUAACUGAAAAAACAAUUAAAACCACCGAUUUAGUGCUAUUUAAUGAGGAUGGAGGUGAAAUCGACUUAAUGAAUUGGGUUGUGGAUUUUGAAAAUUUUGGGCUCAGAAUUAAGACAAAAUUGGUUUGUUCUAAGAUACAAUAUAAAGACGAGAAAUUGUGGAGUUUAAGAGAAGAUGGGUCAGUAGGAUUGGAUAUAAUUGUUACUAAUGUGUUGAUUAAUAGGUUGAAUAUAUUUACCAGAAAUGGAAAAGUUAAAAGAUUUAAUAUUUUUAAUGACAAAAUAAGUUUAAUUUCACAAGAUGAAUCCAGUUUUAAGCAAGGUUAAUUUUCUAUAUUUUAAUAAAGGAUACAAAAUAUAACCACAAAUUUAUCAAACGCUCAUAGCACUCCAGAUUAAAUAAAAAC